AUGGAGAACGAUCUUGACUCCAGAGCGCCUUUCGCGGCUCACGACCGUCUGAUGAUGGCGGGGCUGGCCACUCUCGGCCAAUAUCGAAUCGAACGUCGCGAGGCUGAGCUCUGGGCUGUCAAAGAUUGCAAGUUUCUCGUAGUUGACGAAGAAGGGGAGUUGGUCGACGGGAAAAGAGACCAGGCAGCGCCUUCCACGAUCGAGCAACUGGACAAAGUGCGUGAGAAGAUUUUGAAACAGCCCACAGAGGUCUGCGAAGAAAGAGCUGUUCGGGAUGAGAAGAGAAGGAAGGGAAAGGCGAUUGAAAAUGACGACUGGGAAUUCGAGGAUUCGCCGUCAGGGGCACGUCUGCAGUUUUGCGGGAACGUGGAACCCAGAUAUGCCCGCUCGUCGACGAACGUGGAUGAGCCCCCUCCGGACGAUUUUGAAUGCAUCAUCUGCGCUCACUGCCCCGAAUUUCCACACGACAGAAAGACACGCCAUUUCCGUCUCUACAGACCGAGAGAUGAGUUCCCAGAGCUUUUUGAGGACGGCAUACCUUCGGCAAACAACAUCUGCGCGCACUAUCUGGCCAUUUCGUAUUGCUGGCCUCCUCAACAAAAGGACAACAACGGGAAUAUAACCGACAUACCCAGAACAUACAAAGUCCGCGACCUAGAUGGUGUCGUCCGAGAAAACAGAGCCCUGGACGAUAUUCUUGACCGUGCUGUUGACGUCGCCAACAGCUUUGGUCUACGUAUGAUCUGGAUCGAUCAAGAAUGCCUUCCUCAGCCCCCACAAGAUACCGAGUCACCCUCUAAGGAAGAUAAACAAUUUGGAAUUCAAGCGAUGGAUAUCAUCUACAAUAGAGCUUUUGUUACCGGGGGUCUGCUUGACGUCGCCAUGUCAAACUGGCAACAGCUGGAAAAGAUCCGGGGUUUGAUUUCGAAGACCAGAAAUUCAGGUACCAGUCGCUUAAUUACGAAUGAUCAAGACCUGGAGAUAGUCAUAUCAUUUCUUCAAAAAGUCAAGAGCGAUCGAUGGUAUACCCGUGCGUGGGUGGUCCAAGAAGCUAUCAGCGCUGGUGACAACCUCAGUCUUGUGUUCAGACGUGGUAGUGGACUACCUGAACGAACGAAGCCUCGAAUUCCCAACAAAAGGAGUGGUCUGCCGACUCAUUCACUUGAGAGCGAGAACCAAAGACGCGGUCUCCCAUCCGAAGUUGUUUGCAUCAUGGUACACGAGUUUCGCGACAUCGUUCGGGCUGCAAAGACAUUCCUACAACAACAUUCACUUGAGGGAGAUGAAUUGAAUUUGCACCGCAAAGCAAGUUUAUAUGUAGCCAUGGGAAUUGUCGCCGAGGCUGAAGAUCUGCACCCUCCAUUUUGGAAACCGAAGAAGAGCUUCAAUUUCGGCGCGCGAAGCGCCAUUUCGUUUGGCAUCCGACCCACUGUUGACGCAGCCGGUGCCCUGACAUUGCUGAAGACACGAGAAUGUUACCACAACCAGGACCGCCUAGCUAUCAUGGCGAAUAUGUGUGGCUAUGAACACCGCCUGGACCCAGAAGCCGUUGCUAGAGACCGCCUCUCGCUUCGUGCAGCGCUUCUAACCCUGUCACUCAUGAACAACGAUUUCUCCCUUUUGGUUCCGGAGGCAUACUCGGAUACCAUAGCGAAAGACGCCAGCGAGGACCCAGGAUUGUGCCUUCUACAAAGCGUCCGACCAGGCUGGGCGCACCCGUUCGAUGUUGACUUUGAGUUCCUGGACCAGGUGACUAUCCGUGGAUUCGACCUUCCAAGAACCAUACUACGCGAACGAAGGCCCGGUAUUCUUGGUGUAUCCGCGUACAUCUGGGACGUCGGAUUCGAACCGAUUGACCUGACUCCGAUAAAGGUUCGGUGGCUUCAAGACUGGCUCAACCUAUCUUGCAUCAAGACUAAGUGUGUGCGCAUGCCGGAUGAAGAAUUGCGUGCAUACAAACUGCGACAAGAUACAAUAGCUGAGCGGAUGCAUUUACCAAAUGCGACGGCGCGUAUCAAGCGAGAAUUGGCUGAAAAAGGAGUCCUUGGCAGCGAUUCCCCAUUCUGGAGCGGUAUUGAGCACUACGCAGGCACAGCCGAAAUAUCUCUGUGCCUUCUUGCCAACAGGCUGGAAUUCAGCCCGUCUCGCCAGGUACUUUUCGGAGAAAUCUUCUUCGAUAUUCUUCGUUUCCUGCACGACAAAGCCACAAUCGACCCAAGGGCCCAAGGAGUUGCCAAUAGCAUAUGGCAAUCUGUUCGGGUAGACGCAGUUCACGACGACUUUCCGCCUUUGCCUGACGAGGUCAGCAACGGACUCUUUGAGCAUCCUGCUGUACAGCGCAACGCGUUUCGCACAAUUGCGCUGGAUAGAACCCGAACCGGAGAGUACUACCAGACAUGGUUCAUUGAUCGCAUAAUGAUGCAUGGCAAUCUAUUCGUAGGCUCCUAUGUACCGGAACCCCGAGACGACAAGUUUGCCGGCCAACAAAGCACUGCAUCGAACGCAGAAGCCAACCAAGAACAUCAGCAUGACAGUCUUGAAUAUGACGAACUCUUCAAAAGGGCUAAGAGGUUCGGCAUUAAUGGAGUCAAAUGUUGCACCAUGCACCGCCAGUUUCAUAGAGCAAUGGCCACAUAUGCCAUUGCUGCCGAUGAUAUCCAUCGUUAUUCUCACCUGCAGACGGAAGCCGAGAAGAAGUCCAGACCUGGAGGUGCUCGCUUACAGCUCACGCCCGGAACGAUGGUGUCUUUUUUGGAAUCAAUGGCCACGAUACAAGAUUCCGAAGAAGAGACUCGUCGAGCUAAAGAGCUUUUUUCUAUAUUCGAUGUAGAUGGCCCUUGUAAGAUUGCUAUCCCGUACGACACGGCUUGGGAGAUGAUUCCUCACCCAAGCAUGAGGAGUAUGAGCGUUGGCUGGAUCGCUGAAUUCGGCGGUGCUCCUGAUGAAGACGAAGAAUCGCGUGUGGCGAUGGUGGAAAGAAUGACCAAUGGGUCCUCAUCCUCAACACGCAGUCGGAUCAAAGAAGCUGUCACUAUGAGAGUAUUGGGCAAGGUAAGAGGUUUUUGGCCUAUCAUGUUUACACAUCCGAUAGGUAAGUACGCGCUUGUCGAUAUGGGAUGGUAG